AUGGAUCCAGGUGCCAGAGGAUACUGCAAAGUGGGAAUCAAAGAGUGUCCUAGACCCAGUGGGACCCCAGUGGACCUUGGAGACAUGGGGCUUUCUGCAACCACCCAAGAUGGGACUAUAGGACAACGGACAUCACUGACUUAUCUACCAAAAUCUAUUAUGGUAGUUCAUUCCACACCAUCAGGAGAGAAAAUUCACUGUGAGAGCUACUCAAUAAAUACAGAAACAGAUGGGCCUCCGCUGACUGAAACCGCAAUGGGGCCUUUUCCUGAGCAUACAACAUCCAAGAAACACCACAAAAGUACCGCAGAUAUGUCAUAUCCUGCCAACAUUUGCUUACUUUCACCUUCUGCUCCUGAUGUUCUGGGUGGGAAGGACUCUCCCUGGCGCCGCUGUUCACUGAGAGAGGCCAACAAUGUUCAAUGCUUCCGCCGCCAUGCCCUCAGCGUACCCAACAUGGGCCCCACCAGCCCCCUCCGUCUGUCCAACAGCAGUCCCCUCCACAGCUGCCCUCUCUCACCGGCACGCAGCAGCAUAUCCAGCCCUGCUAGAGACGUGGAGAGGCUUGCCAAGGCCCGGAGCAAACUUCUUGAGAGCGAAAGCAACCAGACACCCACACUUCCUCGAGAGACGAGAGAACAACUUCGUUAUGUGUCAAAGGAUGGAAAGUGCCGUGUCAAUCUAUGCCACAUAUCUGAGAGGGGGCGUUUCCUCUCUGAUAUCUUUACCUCUUUUGUGGAUCUCCAGUACCGCUGGUUCCUGUUUGUGUUCAUGAUGUGCUACAUUGUCACUUGGUUCGUAUUUGCUGGGCUCUACUACAUGAACGCAUAUUUUCGAGGCGACCUAGGUCAACAGCCAUCCUUCAGCAUCUCUGAUAACGGACUUGUAGAGCAAAAGCCUUGCUAUUUAGGGGUGGAAGGCUUUAUUUCAGCGCUGCUCUUCUCUGUGGAGACGCAGCGUACCAUCGGUUAUGGAUCUCGCACUGUGUCCCCCACCUGCCACGAAGCCGUGCUGCUGGUUAUGAUGCAGUGCAUUGUUGGGUCCAUGAUAGAUGCCCUGAUGGUGGGCUGCAUGUUUGUGAAGAUAUCUCGUCCUAAGAAGCGCGCUGAGACACUUCUUUUCAGUCGCACCUGCGUUAUUGCAAACCGCGAUGACCAGUUGUGUUUGAUGUUUCGACUGGGAGACUUGAGAGAUAGCCACAUGGUGGACGCAAAAGUUCGUGCAAAAUUAAUCAAGUCCCGCCAAACUGCUGAGGGGGAAUUCUUACCCCUCGAGCAGACAGAGAUUGACCUGGGAUAUGAAACUGGGUCAGACAGACUCUUCCUUGUGGAACCUCAGGUCAUUCAGCACAAUAUUGAUGCUAACAGUCCGCUAUGGGAACUGGGUCCUGAGCAACUUAGAAGACAACAAUUUGAGAUAAUUGUUAUUUUGGAGGGAAUUGUUGAGGCCACAGGGAUGAUGUGCCAAGCCAAAACGUCCUAUAUUGAAACAGAGAUUGAGUGGGGGGCUCGCUUCGAACCGUGUAUGACGCAGGAGAAGGGCUCAUUCAGAGUGGAUCUGCGUCGGUUCCACACCACCUACCGAGUCCCACUGCCUAACUGCAGCGCUAGCCAAGCACACCGGUUAAUGGCUCUGGUUGACUAUAAAGCCCAAAGCUAUAAAGGCUGCAAAGACUGUGACGCUUGGGAGGAGGAAACUGGAGGAAUGGAGGACAGAGAGAAGUCCCCAUCCCACAGAGGAUUCACUACCGGUAGCAUUCAGGAGGAGAGAAUACCCGAGGGGAACGAAAAUGAAACGAGUGCAGAGAAGAGCAGGAUCUGA